GUUCUGCGGUAGAGGUGACCGGAUUCGCGGAGGCUCGUUUUGCAGGUGCUGAAAUUGUUCGCGCAGUUCCUAAUCAUGUCUGAACCAAUCAGAGUUCUUGUGACUGGAGCAGCUGGUCAAAUUGCAUAUUCACUGCUGUACAGUAUUGGAAAUGGAUCUGUCUUUGGUAAAGACCAGCCUAUAAUUCUUGUGCUGUUGGAUAUCACUCCCAUGAUGGGUGUCCUAGAUGGUGUCCUAAUGGAACUGCAAGACUGUGCCCUUCCCCUCCUGAAAGAUGUCAUCGCAACAGAUAAAGAAGAUAUUGCCUUCAAAGACCUGGAUGUGGCCAUUCUUGUGGGCUCCAUGCCAAGAAGGGAUGGCAUGGAGAGGAAAGAUUUACUGAAAGCAAAUGUGAAAAUCUUCAAAUGCCAGGGUGCAGCCUUGGAGAAAUAUGCCAAGAAGUCAGUUAAGGUUAUUGUGGUGGGAAACCCAGCCAAUACCAACUGCCUGACUGCCUGUAAGUCGGCACCGUCCAUCCCCAAGGAGAACUUCAGUUGCUUGACUCGUUUGGAUCACAACCGAGCUAAAGCUCAGAUUGCUCUUAAACUUGGUGUGACUUCUGAUGAUGUAAAGAAUGUCAUUAUCUGGGGAAACCAUUCCUCAACUCAGUAUCCAGAUGUCAGCCAUGCCAAGGUGAAACUGCAUGGAAAGGAAGUUGGUGUUUACGAUGCUCUGAAAGAUGACAGCUGGCUCAAAGGAGAAUUCAUCACAACUGUGCAGCAGCGUGGUGCUGCUGUCAUCAAGGCUCGAAAGCUGUCCAGCGCAAUGUCUGCUGCAAAAGCCAUCUGUGACCAUGUCAGAGACAUCUGGUUUGGAACCCCAGAGGGAGAAUUUGUGUCCAUGGGCAUUAUCUCUGAUGGCAACCCCUAUGGUAUUCCUGAUGAUCUGCUGUACUCAUUCCCUGUUACAAUCAAGAACAAGACCUGGAAGGUUGUUGAAGGUCUCACUAUUAAUGAUUUCUCUCGUGAGAAGAUGGAUCUAACUGCAAAGGAACUGGCAGAAGAAAAAGAAACUGCUUUUGAAUUUCUCUCUUCUGCCUGACUAGACAAUCAUUUUGAUGUUACUAAAAGCUCCAGAGCUGAAGAAUCUAAAUGUCGUCUUUGACUCUCGUAACCAAAUAACAAUAAUGCUAUACUUAAAUUACUUGCGAAAAAACAACACAUUUGAAAGAUUGUGUGCUUCUUGGUAUAAAUUUGUGACAGUUUAUCAUCAUGCUGUUAGUGCUGCAUUCUAAAUAAAAUAUAUAUUCAAAUG